AUGUUUCUUUUCGGUUCUUCUUCAGGCAAGGCUUUUGACAUCACUUACGUGCGACUCAAGUUCCACACCAGCCGCCCAGAGAGCUUCGCCAUCUACAAGCGCACAAGUGAGGAUGGACCAUGGACACCCUACCAGUACUACAGUGGCUCCUGUGAGAAGACCUACCAGAAGUUCAACAGGGGCUUCAUCCGCACCGGAGAGGACGAACAGCAGGCCCUGUGCACAGACGAGUUCAGUGACAUCUCACCCUUGACCGGAGGAAACGUGGCCUUCUCCACCCUUGAGGGCCGGCCCAGUGCUUACAACUUUGACAACAGCCCAGUUCUUCAGGAAUGGGUGACAGCCACAGAUAUCAAAGUGACCCUGAACAGGCUCAAUACAUUCGGAGAUGAAGUUUUCAAUGAUCCCAAGGUCCUAAAGUCCUAUUACUACGCUAUCUCAGACUUUGCAGUGGGAGGAAGGUGCAAGUGCAACGGACAUGCGAGUGAGUGUGUGAAAAACUACGGCUUCAGCAAGCCGGUUUGCAACUGCAAGCACAACACAGAGGGUGAUGACUGCAAUGUGUGCAAGCCGUUCUACAACGACCGUCCCUGGAGGAGAGCUACAGCCAAUAACCCUAACGAGUGUCUGCCGUGCAACUGUAAUGGCAAGAGUGCAGAGUGCUACUUUGACCCUGAGCUGUACCGCGCCACCGGCCACGGAGGACACUGUCGCAACUGUGUCGACAACACAGACGGGCCUAACUGCGAGCGCUGCCUGGACAACCACUACAGAGACAGAUCUGGCAACCGCUGCCUGCCCUGCAGCUGCAACCCAGUGGGCUCUCUGGCUACUCAGUGUGACAACACAGGACGCUGCAGCUGUAAACCAGGUGUGAUGGGGGACAAGUGUGACCGCUGUCAACCUGGCUUCCACACCUUGACCGAAGCAGGCUGCAGACCCUGCUCCUGUAACCCUUCCGGAAGCACACAGGAGUGUGAUGUCCAGACAGGCCGUUGCCAGUGCAAGGACAACGUGGAGGGCUUCAACUGUGACAGGUGUAAGCUGGGCUACUUCAACCUGGACCCCCAGAACCCGCAGGGUUGCACUCCGUGCUUCUGCUUCCAGCACUCCUCUGUGUGUGACAGCGCAGAAGGCUACAGCAUCGACACCGUCUCCUCCACCUUCCACAGAGAUGAUGAGCAGUGGACAGGCCAGCAGCGGGACGGCUCCAGUGUUUCAGUCCAGUGGUCCGCUGGUGGAGAGGAGAUCUCUCUCAUCUCUGAGGACUACUUCCCCAUGUACUUUGUGGCUCCAGAGAGGUUCCUGGGCAAUCAGCUGCUGAGUUAUGGCCAGAACCUCACCCUGAACUUCCGGGUGGACAGGAGAGACACACGCCUCUCGGCUGAAGAUGUGGUACUGGAGGGGGCUGGCCUCAGAGUGGCUGUGCCUCUCAUUGCUCAGGGAAAUGCCUAUCCUGGGGAGAACAUGCAGACGUUUGUGUUCAGGCUCCACGACAGCACAGACUACCCCUGGAGGCCCACCCUCCCUCACUCUGAGUUCCAGAAGCUCCUGCACAAUCUGACGUCCAUCAAGAUCCGUGGCACCUACAGCGAGAGAAGUGCUGGUUACCUUGACGAUGUGACUCUGAUCACGGCGAGGAGAGGUCCCGGGACCCCGGCACGCUGGGUAGAGAAGUGUACCUGCCCUCAGGGCUACAUGGGACAGCACUGUGAGGGGUGCGCCCUGGGAUACAGGAGGAGCAGACCAGACCUGGGGCCCUUCAGUUCCUGUGACGCCUGCAACUGUAACGGACACAGUGUCACGUGCAAACCCGACACAGGGAUGUGUGACUGCAAACACAACACAGCUGGGCUCAGUUGUGAGAGGUGUAAAGAUGGUUACUAUGGAGAUUCCACUGUGGGGAGUUCCAGUGACUGCAAGCCCUGCCCCUGUCCCGGAGGAUCCACUUGUGCUGUCGUGCCCAAGACCAAGGAGGUUGUCUGCACCAACUGUCCCACAGGAACCACAGGCAAGCGCUGUGAGCUGUGUGAUGACGGUUUCUUCGGAGACCCCCUGGGGGAGAACGGGCCGGUGAGGGUGUGUCGGGCCUGUAAGUGUAGCAACAACAUCGACCCCAACGCUGUGGGCAACUGUGACAGAGAGACCGGGGAGUGCCUCAAGUGUAUCUACAACACAGACGGCUUCUUCUGCGACCGCUGCAAAGAUGGCUUCUAUGGAAACCCUCUGGCCACCAACCCCAACGACAAGUGCAAACCUUGCUCCUGCUCUCCGUAUGGCACAGUGGACAGACAGACCAGCUGUCUACAGGUCACAGGCCAGUGCCCGUGUCUCGCAAACGUCACCAACAGGGACUGCAGUGCCUGUGAGCCUGGCUUCUUCAACCUGCAGAGCGGAACAGGUUGUGUACGAUGCAACUGCAAUCCUAUUGGGUCCACCAAUGGUCAGUGUGACAUCAGUUCCGGUCAGUGUGAAUGCCAGCCCGGCGUCACCGGUCAGAGCUGUGAACACUGCGAGGUCAACUUCUUUGGAUUCGGAUCGUCUGGCUGCAAACCGUGCGACUGCGACCCAGAGGGCUCCUCCACGACACAAUGUAAGGACGAUGGCCGUUGCGAGUGCCGCCCAGGCUUCGUGGGAGCCAGGUGUGACAUGUGUGAGGAGAACUACUUCUACAACCGUUCUACUCCCGGCUGCCAGCAGUGUCCAUCUUGUUACUCUCUCGUCAGAGACAAGGUGAACCAGCAGAGACAGAAGCUGCAUGACCUGCAGACUUUGAUUGACAACCUGGGCUCCACGUCAGAGACUGUCAGUGACAAGGCCUUUGAGGACCGUCUGAAGCAGGCAGAGAAAGCCAUCAUGGACCUGCUGGAGGAGGCUCAGACCAGCAAAGAUGUAGACAAAGGCCUGCUGGAGCGCCUGGGAAACCUGAACAACACGCUGACCACUCAGUGGAACCGUCUGCAGAACAUCAGGAACACUGUGGACAACACGGGAACCCAGGCCGACAAAGCUCACAACCGGGUCCGAGACGCUGAGAACCUGGUCGACCGCGCCCGCGAAGAACUGGAUAAGGCCAAGGAGGCCAUCAGCAAACUGGACAUCAAAACACCCUCAAACACUGCAGAUCCUAACAACAUGACUCUUCUGGCAGAGGAAGCUCGCAAUCUGGCCGACAAACAUAAAAUGGAUGCGGAUCAAAUCGAGAAGAUCGCCAAGGAUGCCAACGACACGUCCACCAAGGCUCUCAACCUGCUGACCAAGACUCUAGAUGGCGAGGGCAAGACCAACCAAGACAUUGACGAGCUCAACAGGAAGUACAAUGAAGCAAAGGACCUGGCUAAGAACCUGGAGAAACAGGCCAACAAGGUGCAUGCUGAGGCAGAGGAGGCAGGCGACAAAGCCCUGAAAAUCUACGCUAACCUGACCAGCCUGCCACCCUUCAACACCAAAUCACUGGAGGAUGAAGCGAGCAAGAUCAAGAAGGAGGCGUCAGACCUGGACAAGCUGAUUGACAAGACCGAGAAUGAAUACAAUGACCUGAGGGACGACCUGAAAGGGAAGGAGACUGAGGUCCGCAAGCUGCUGGAGAAGGGAAAGACUGAGCAGCAGACUGCAGAUCAGUUGCUGGCUCGUGCUGAUGCUGCCAAGGCGCUGGCUGAGGAGGCUGCCAAGAAGGGGAGGUCCACCUAUCAGGAGGCCCAAGACAUUCUGGGAAAUCUGAGAGACUUUGACAAGAGGGUGAACGACAACAAGACGGCAGCUGAGAACGCCAUGAAGAGAAUCCCAGAGAUCAACGCCACCAUCGCUGCAGCUAAUGAGAAGACUAAGCAGGCUGAGGGGGCGCUAGGCAACGCAGCGGCAGAUGCCAAGGAGGCCAAGAGCAAGGCGGAGGAGGCCGAGAAGAUAGCCAGCGCUGUGCAGAAGGGCUCUGCUAAGACCAAGGCGGAUGCAGAGAAGGCCUUUGAGGACACCAUGAAGCUGGAUGGGGAGGUCAAUGGCAUGAUGGACCAGCUGAGUGCAGCAGAGGCAGAGUUGGCCAAGAAGAAGGCUGAGGCUGACCAGGACAUGAUGAUGGCUAGCAUGGCAUCAGACAAUGCGAAGGAAGCUGAGGACAAUGCCCGGAAAGCCAAGAGCGCUGUCAGGACCGUUCUCAACACCAUCAACGACCUGCUUAAGUCACUGGGCAACAUUGACAAGGUGGACCUGAGCAAGCUGGGCUUGAUUGAGGGGUCGCUGAAGCAGGCCAAGGACAAGAUGGCGAACAGCGACCUGGACCGCAAGCUGGUGGAGCUGAACGACGUGGCCAAGAGCCAGGAGGAGAUGAUCACUGACUACGACAGGCAGAUCAGGGAGAUCCAGUCUGACAUCGCCAACCUCAACGACAUCAAGAACACGUUACCCGACGGCUGCUUCAACACCCCAUCCCUAGAGCGGCCUUAACACCCUCUAUCCCCACCCUCUAUCCCAACCCCUGUACCCUUCCUCAUAUCCCGUCUGUACCACUCCUUCCCACAUCUAACACUCGGACAGAAUGCCACCUUUUUACCAAAACAGUUUGUAUUUUUUGGUCUUUUGUUUGUUUCAUGUUUUUAAAGAAAGCAAGAGGGAAGAGUAUAAGCAGCAGAACGUGAAAUGAACUAAGGGCGGUCGACAAAAACCGUGCAUCCAUUCUCCUUAGGUGCAGCCGGUUAGGAGAGGUGGCAUACCUCGCUCCAGAGUAAUGAAAACCCACAUGACUGCACCACCUCCAGACUGUUCCUACACUACUAUGAAGAGGAAUCACAACCUAAAUCACCCCAACAGAGAAAACAAGGAAAAAUGUCCUCAGCCUUUUCAGAUGGGUCUGUGUCAUAUUAUAAACCUUUUUUUAUUUGAUAUGGUAUCAAACAAGUUAUCCUUACCCAUCAUUCUAGACGCAAGGGCAUGUUGGGAAUGGUUUGUCUGUGAGAGAUUUGUUUUGCUAUAGGUAUUGAGCAACUUUCAAUACAUAUGUGCCAUCCUCUGUGUUAUCAACCAUUUUGUUUUAAAAAAACAAACCGUGAAGGAAUCCUCAAGUUUCUGUUUGAUUUGCCUCCAUUCGCUCCCAAAGCUACAUGUCUUGCAUGGAGAAAGUAUUCCUGUUAUUAUACAUUUUUACAGUAUUCAACACUACUACACAUUCUGUUCCACAUGCACAACUGAAAAGCUGUUGAAUGAAACCAGCUAGUGGGUCUUUAAAAUGGCUCUGAUAUGUUUGCCAGUUGAGACAGGCCUCUACCGCCCAGCGAAACAUCAUGGUUAAAUAUCAUUUAAAUCAUUUAUUUUAACACUUGAUUUUUGAGUGUUUUUUCCUCCCGAAGCUGCUGCUUAGUACAGGUUUGCUGCAAAUCACACAUUAACAUUCUACACUACAAGGCAAAAUUCUACACUAUGCAACUUUGUACGUUUGCGUAGCAAGACUUUAUCUGAUACACUGGUGCUAAUAAUGAUUUCAAAUGUUAUAUUUUUGUGUGAAUGUUUUUUAUUAUGAUAUAGAGUGAGGAAUUGUUAUUUGUGUAAAUAUAUGCUUAAAUGAUUCAGGGCUGGCUGAUUGUUAAACCCAAGACCCAACAGCCACCUCGUAUAGGUUCUAUCACAAAAACAAUCAACUGAAACCUCCACAUAAUAUAUAAAUAUAUAUGAUAAGUUCUGUGGUAUAAUAUGCUUGCUUGUAUACAUGGCUCAGUGUUGUUGCCUCAUAGCUCUGCCAUUAUUCAUUUGUAUUUACUUCUCAGUGGGUGGUCACCAAGUUAAUUGAUUAAUGCUUUUAUAACAAGAACCUUUACCCUUGAUCAGGACUUGCCUUUUGUAUGUGUAAGGGAUGGCCCUAAAGAAGCCAUCUGUCUACAUUAAGCCUAACGUUGCAUUUUACUGAAUUUAUAUGCUUGUCCAAGAAAAUAAGCUUGGUCACAAGUUGCUAGUUAACCAUUUUUUAUUAGUGUUUUGUGCCUUAAUAUGUGAUCGUAAUAUUCACAUCACUUAGUCCCUAAAUAAGGGUGUCACGUUUAUCGCACACAUUACAUUACAUUUCAGACAUGCACUCGUCUCCUCAAACAUUCACUACAUGGUGUCCUUACAUUUCAGACAUGCACUCGUCUCCUCAAACGUUCACUACAUGGUGUCCUUACAUUUCAGACAUGCACUCGUCUCCUCAAACAUUCACUACAUGGUGUCCUUACAUUUCAGACAUGCACUCGUCUCCUCAAACGUUCACUACAUGGUGUCCUUACAUUUCAGUAGAACAGCAGGGAUUUUGUCGACGGGUCCAGAACAUCAGUCAGCCAGCCUCCAUACAGUAAAUAUAUAGGUUAUAACCUUGAAACUACUCGUCCUUCCCAGUUCCCAUUCAACAUCGCUCAUAUCCUCAAUACACCUAUACUCACUCCUUUCCUUAGCCUUCUAUCAUGUUAUCUGUUUGAUAGUUAUGUUUAGCUAAGUUUUUGCAAAAUGUUAUAGAUGAUGUGGCAGGGACUAAAAUGAUCUCCUCUGCAGUGAACCAUCUUUACCCUCUAUUACUCCUCCAGGUCACCACACUGCUGUGGAUGGAUGUGCAGCACAUACUGUUUGAUGUAUAAAACAGUAUUUCUAAUUUAUAAUGUCUCAAGUAUUUGUAUUAUUUUGUUCCAGUAGAUGAUAUGUAUGUGUUGCACAAUCUUUUUGUGGUCUUUUGGCUAUGGAGGGCAUCUUCUGUUCUGUUUUGGUUCUGUCGUACAAUACAAUACAAGGCACCUAUUCACUGAAACAUUUCAUUUGUAAGGACCUGAGAACCCAGCUUGUUACCCAUUUGCCUGUAAAUUCAAUCGUAAUAUUGAAAUAAUAAAAAAUAAUUACGGGAACUCUUCA